UUUCUAAGAUGUUAUAAAAUUAUUUAACAAAUCCAUUAAUCUAUUAUAAUCUGAUCCAUGAGAGAAUACAAUAAGGAUGCGCAGUAUGUAUGUAUGUAUGUACGAAUGUAUGCAUGGUGUAGGAUUAAAAAACCUGUCGCUCAUUGACAGCGUAUAGAAUACGGCAAAGAGGUGUAUUACAUAUAUUUUGCCUCAAUUUUUGUUGUAAGAAUUUUGCUAAAAUGGAACUUAAAUUAUUGGAAAGAAUACGGAACCUUGGAUAUAAUGGAGAAUUGGUGGAACCUAAUAAAUUUAUGGAGGCCUUGAAAAGAGGUCCAAAAUCUCCAGAAUACACAAAGCUUGUAUCAUGGCUAACAGAUGAAAUUACUGUACUCAAUGAUAUGGAUGAAACUAUUCAUGCAAUUACAUCACCAGAUGAUUCUAGUUCAUUUCUAUUAGAGUUAAGUUGUUUUCUUAAGGAAUUAGGAUGUGUAAAUGAGAGAUUAAUGACUGGUAAUGUUAAUGAGCGAUUGGCAACUGAACAAGAUAGAUAUAUCUUGUUAGAUUUCUUAGGAGCCGAGUUAAAAACUUGCAGAUUAUUAGAAUCUAGGAAAUAUAAAGAUCCCAAUUCUAUGGCUAUAGAUGUUGAAGAAAGUGAUACUGCUAAAGACUUAAAGGACGCGUUAAUAGCAUUCAAUUUUGAAAAACCACCUCCUGAUAUCACUACUGAAAAACUUUUCACAAGAUUGGAGAAUAAAUUAACUGAGGUAUUAAAAACAGCUCCACCUGAAUUGGUAGGUAAACCACUGCUUGAUAAAGAAUUCUCAGAAGCAGAUUGGAAGGAACUGGAACAUGUACAACAAGAAUUACACGAAGAAUAUAGAAUUCGUCGUGACAUGUUACUAAAAAGGUUCGAUGUAACCAUGCAGUCAUUUUUGUGGUCAGACAGAGUAAAACCCCGAGAAGCUGAAAUAAAUGAACUAUACAAAAAUGCAAGGAAACUUUUAAGUGCAGAACCGGAUAUUACAUUUGCUGAUUUACUAGCAACAAGGGAUGAUAUCGGAUUAAUGGAAAAAACCAGCAACGCGACUGUUAGAAAAAAUACCCGAAGUGAAAUUAACAGAAUUAUUAUAGGAGCGGUACCCGACAGAGGUGGGAGACCAUAUGAACAAGAACCACCACCACCUGAAAUGCCACCAUGGCAGAAAGAUAGAGUACCAGGACCUUCAACUUCUGGUGGAGGCUCUGGAGGUCGUGGAGGUCGUGGAGGUAGUGGUCACAGAGGUGGUCGAGGAGGAGGUGGUAGUUAUCAGCAUUCUGUCUCUUUUUCCGGUGACACUAAAGGAGGUCGGGAUAAUAGUAAUUUUAGUGGGGGAGGUUCAUAUGGAGGUAGUAGCGGUUUUGGAGACAGUGGUUAUCAGAAUUCAAAUUUCUCCUCUAAAGGAGUAUAUGGCGGCGGACAUAGUGGAGGACAAAGUGGAGGGUAUGGAGGUGUAUAUGGAGGAGGACAAGGUGGUGGAUAUGGAGGAGGUCAAGGUGGUGGAUAUGGAGGAGGACAAGGUGGUGGGCAUGGAGGAGGUCAAGGUGGUGGAUAUGGAGGAGGACAAGGUGGUGGACACGGAGGAGGGCAAGGUGGUGGAUAUGGAGGAGGGCAAGGUGGUGGAUAUGGAGGAGGUCAAGGUGGUGGAUAUGGAGGAGGUCAAGGUGGUGGAUAUGGAGGAGGACAACAAAGUGGUGGAUAUAGAGGCUAUGGAAGCAGGGGAAAUAAUAGUCAUAGUGCAGACAACAAUGGAGGAUAUGGUAAUCAAUACGGUUAUUCACGAUCCGAAGAUAAAGGUGGACAGCAGUAUCACAGAGGAGGUGGCAGAGGGGGCAGAGUUCAAGGAGGAUGGAAUCAAGGCUCAAAUAACUAUCAACGCAGUGGUGGAUAUAAUCGAGGACGACAAUAUUAAAACAGCUUUAUGGAAAAUAUCAUUCUUGUAUUGUACCAAUAGUUGUACUAAAAGAAAUUUGCUUGAUUGAUCAUAAGAAUUAAUAUCAGUGACCUUCUACAUAAUAGAUAAAUGCAUAAUAUUAAUGUGUUCGGUUUCCAAAUGUUUCUGUAAGGUUAAAUUAAGAACUUUGAUAUUAUUUCCAAAAUUUAAAUUAUUUAUUGUUAUUGAGACUGUAAUAUUGCCAUAUACUACUUUAUAAUAUUUUGUUUGUUCAAAGUUAACUUUGGCUAUGUAUUUGUACUUGAAUUUUGUAAAUGUCCAUUUUUUGUACAUAGAAUAGAUCACGAUUUUGUUGAAAUUACUAAUAAUGUAAUAUGUGAAGGGAUACAAAAUUGGUUGAUAUUGUAUAAAAUAUUUACUAUAUAAAUAUAUGUUAUAAUUGCAUGUCA